AUGCAUUCUUCUCAGGGCGGCACAAUCCGCGGCUCCAUCAACCUACCGGCGCAAAGCUUGUAUCCAACUAUUCUGGCUCUACAAUAUGUUCAAGGCCGCAGGUUUGCGCAAGAUUAUUUGGUACUGUUUAACGGUCAGUUGGUCAUUGGCUGCCUCGUCCACCGUGGUGAAGAGGAAGAUGUUCUGGACAUACCUACAGCGUUUUCACGUGGACGCGGCACUAGAGCGGCCGGUUGGUUCAGCGACUACACUGCCGAGCACGUCGACGGCGAGAUGGAGAUCUUGGUCCUGCUCGAGGGAAUCAAACGCUGGGCGACGGGCGGCGAAUUUGUAGAGUGGAUGGAUGAAUACGAAGCCGGUGCCUGGACAGGCAAACAAGAAUUUGCAUAG